CCAAGGGGGCUCUACUACGCUUGCCUGCAUGGCCUGCUUCCGGUUGUGAGGAGGUUUCUCGCUGCCGGAAUGGAGGUCAAUGUACAAGCUGGAUACUUUGGGACGCCACUCCAAGCCGCUGCUGCGGGCGGCCACGAGGACAUUGUGACACUGCUGCUGGAAUGUGGUGCGGACGUCGACUUAAGGAAUGGACACUACGGAUCGGCCCUCCAGGCAGCAGCCAGAGCGGGCCACCUGUCCACUAUGCGCCUGCUUCUCGACAACAAGGCAGAUGUUGACUCGAGUGGCAGCCGUUAUGGCAGUGCGCUCCAGGCAGCGUGCUGGGGAAGCCAUGAAGAGAUUGUACGUCUUCUGCUGGGUCGAGGAGCGAGUGUAGACUUUGAAGCAGGCCAA